GUAAAACACGCCCAGAACUGCGGAGCGGUGGGCGCCAUUUUAUACCACGAUCCCGCCGAUUAUGCACCCGAAGGCCAGGACAAGGUUUACCCACAAUACAUUUGGCUUCCAAAGACCGGUGUCCAGAGCGGUAGCAUACUUGAUGGUUAUGGAGAUCCGUUGACCCCUGGCUUGCCAUCCGUAGACGGAGUAUUCAGAAUACCCGAAGAUAAGGCUAACCUGCCCAAAAUCCCAGCCACCCCGAUGUCUUAUGGAGAGGCUGUUGAAUUGUUAAAAAUUAUGGAAGGUAGCUGGAAAACAUUUAAAUUGCUAAAGUAAAGAUUGGGAGUGCUUCUCAUCUUUGCUUGCAGCUAAGAACUGGAUUGCAAAAGACACACCUCAAAUGACUGACACUAUACAAGGCCUUUCAUAACUACAACUGGGGGGAGGGAGGGGGGGUGCAAAUGGCCCACAUAUUGUGUAACUAGGCCAUUUUAGGUUUCCUCCUUCAGUAACACUGGAGCAAUAAGGGACGAUUCAUAUUUGACCUCUAGGGAGAACAGUUUAGAACUGAAAGAGCGAUCUAGAUGUAUUUAUUUAUUUAUUUAUUUAUUUAUUUAGCUUUGCCAACUAGGGCAGGAUCACCACAACAGCAUAUGCCAAUUACCUAACCCACCCUGUCAACUUUCCCUGUGGGAGGAAACCGGAGUACCCGGGGAAAACUCACGGCUUUCGGCAGAGCGUUGACUUUUACUCUUUUCACAUGAGGACUGGGCUCUAGUCGCAUUGAGAAAGUUCUAGCUGAUGCUUGAACCUGCGGCCUCAGAGGUGAAAGGCAAGUGCGCUAACCACUUGGCCACCGAAGCCCCAUGUGAGUGUGUCACAGCUGUUGUAAACUUAAAAUGUCUAUAUACUUUCCAACUGUAGGUAGCGAAGUCCCCAGGAGCUGGCGAGGGACAUUAAACAUCACUUAUAAACUCGGAGAUGGCGGCCUGAAGAACAACACUGUAAAAAUAACAGUCAAUGUUCCUAAUAAAAGACAGGAUGCGUACAAUGUCAUAGGCACUAUAUAUGGCAGAGAGGAGCCAGAUAGAUGGGUGUUGAUAGGGAAUCACAGGGAUGCUUGGGAAUUUGGGGCGGUAGAUCCGUCUAGUGGUACAUCUGCCAUGAUGGAGAUUUCUCGUGGUCUCGGCGAUCUUUUGAAGCAAGGUAUUGAGGAAGAGAUGAAAGUAUUCAUAUAA